AUGAUACCAAUUCGACCUUUAGCACGAGUUCUUACUCAGGUGCUCUGGAUUGCCGGAGGGAGUAUUAUCAAGGCAACCCUUCGUGCAUAUAGAGAGUCAAUCGCACAUAAUAAUGCUAUCGGUGGUUCGGUCUUGCGUAGGCAGAUGUCGCCAGAGGAGGCUUCUAAAAUACUAGGAUUGACAUCGACGAAAUCUUUACCUACAGCUGACAUAGAACGCGCACACCAACGUCUUCGUGCUAACAAUAUGGCUUCAAAUUCAUUCCAGGGUUCUCCAUAUUUGGUGGAAAAAAUUGAUGCAGCCCACAUGGUCCUUAAGCAACAUCUUGGAAAAUCAUAG